AUGAUUCGCUCAAAUUCUGAUACCACUACUACAACAAGCACAGGUUCACCAACUCCAGUCAGUCCUUUUUCUUCCGACUAUUCCGUGCCUUCGGAGCCUACUUCAGACGAAACUCCCGACCUUGGCGCAUUUACCGCUGUGCUACGCGCAUGGACCAACCUUCAGCCGCCUCUAAGGACCGCCAAUUCUACUCUUGCACAGCUAGCGAAUACUACUUCCUCUUCAUCCCGUUCACUAGCUACUUCUUCCAGUGAUCUUCGCGAGGAUAAAUCGACAGUAUGGUCACACAGGCCUAUUGCAAACUAUCUUUCUCUUUCUGACCCUGUCACUACCGACGCUGAAUCCACAGACCGUGACCGCCCACGCACGGUGCAGAUUGAGGCCGUAGACGACGAUUUCUACGAUCACGACAAUACCAAUGAUGAUAAUGAUCAUGAUGAAUCUGAUGAGCAGCUUCGUAGCCAAGAUCUUGGCCUAUUCGAUGUGGAAGAACAACCCUCACUUGGUUACCUCGACGAGGCACUUCAAUUCAUUGCCGCAGAGCGGGAGCGAUGGACUGCGCAACGAGAGACUGGAACGACAGCAGCAAUGUUGACAGGAAUUGACCCCCGUCGGAAGCGCCGUCGCAAACGAAAUAAGACGCCUCGUGCUCAAUCCACCACGCGCACUCCAACAGUAUCAACGUUUUCUUCUAUUUCCACUAUCACUGCAUCGACUGCAUUAGCUGAUGAUCUUAACGAUGCGGAAGAUGCGGACGCUCUCGGAGUAGAUGCAGACGACUCUUCUUCCUCUGUUGAGCAGCAAUCCAGUCCAUUGAGAGCAUCACAGAGUGUAAUUUUCAGCUCUACUCCAGGAACCCCUUCGCGUAGAGCCCGUGGACGAGGUCGGACCAGAUUACUUCACAGCCGAUCUACACCUCAACUCCGUCUUAUUCGUCAUGAGCACGAAGACGAAGACGAGGAGGAUGAGUCCACAGAUUCGGUCACCGAAGAUUCGCCUCGUGUUCAGCAGCUUAAGUUGUUGGGGAAGAAGUUGGAAGCCUUGUUCCCUGAGGAUAGAGAGUACCUCAAGAAGGUACGGUAUCGAACGAUGUCUCCUCCGCGAGCUGCGUCUGGUUCCCUCCAAAUGUCAGGCCCAGCAGGCUAUCUUGAUUCUGUAGAUGCGGAGGGUCCUAGUAAACAUGUAGUAUUAGGCGGGUUCGUGGACACCAGGGGUGACCCCCUGAAGAGAACUGGAAAGAAAGAUGAGAGGUUGAUUCAUGUAUUUGUUGAUCACUCCAACAUACUAAUUGGACUACUGAAUUAUCUCCGGCGAUACCCUCGGCAACACCCUCAGUACCGUGGAUCUUCUUAUAGGAUUCCUCAAUCGCAAAUAUCUGCAACCUCCCCUCCUUCUAGUUCGCCACAUUCGUUUUCCUCUCCCUACCCUAAACCACCGAAACACCUAUCACACUCUGCUUUAUCUCUCAUUCUUGAGCGUGGACGGCCCAUCACUCGUAGGAUCUUAGUGACCUCCUCACCACUUUAUCAACCUAUGGAUGGUGCUGAAAGCUUAGGAUUUGAGGUAAGGAUUUUUGCUCGUGUACCGGAUACGGGGGAUGGGAUGGAUCGGGAUAAAGGCAAUGGCAAACAGGGUUACCAUAAGAAAAGCCAGAGUAACGAGUCCCCAUACAGUUCAUAUCCGGGGAAUGGCGCACCGGGGAACGUCAGUUCUCCCGCGGGAGACUCGUCGUCGUCUCAAAGUCAAAGGCGCCAAAGGAACAGAGCUGGAAGCAUGAACAGCAGCAACAACAAUCAAAUCAACAACAACUAUAAUUAUGACAACAAACCCAGUUCAUUUACGGGAGUUGGCCGGAAGAAAUUUCACAGUCGAAAGAUAUCCGACAAUAGCUCGCCUGAGAGCGAGCAGAAUGGGGGACCAACAGGGCUGUCGCCGGGGUUUAUGCGGAGCUCUGGUCACCUUUACUCGCACUCUCUCCCUACAUCCCACACAUCCACACCACCGCCAUUUCCAAACCUCAACAUCUCAGCAUCUCUUGCCCCUCCUGCCAUUAUCACACCUAGCCCAGUUCAACAGCAACGCAUUCGCUAUCGCGAACAAGGUGUUGAUGAGCUUCUUCAGCUCAAGCUUCACCAAGUGCUUGCCUCCAUCGAUGGCCCUCCACCUAAAGGUAGCACGAUAAUUCUCGCUACCGGAGAUGGCAACGUGGGGCAAUUUAAUGAAGAUGGCUUCUUGGGAGGAGUCAGGACGGCCUUGAGAAGAGGAUGGAAGGUGGAAUUAUAUGCGUGGGAAGGAGGAUUGAGUCGCGCCUGGAAGAGAGAGUUUGGAGAGGGAAGUGAGUGGGGGGGAGCGAGCAAGAGUAACAAGAAAUCCCAAGGAAAGGCUACUCAAUCUGGGUCAGACGAUGAUGGGCCAAGGUUCAAAGUAAUUGGGAUCGAGCAGUUUGGAAGCGAGUUAGUGGAAAUCUAUUAUUGA